GUCCUUUCCGAUAUCGACCAAUCAAAAUCCCUGUUCGUCGUAUUCGCUGUCCUUUUGCAUGGUGGAGGUAGACGUCCCAAAUAGCUCAAAAAAAUGCGCAGCAUGGAAGAAAUACUGAAGGCUGUGAAGUCUAGCCCCUUCACAAGUCAAUUCCAGGCCAGAUGUGAUGCUUCGCUUGCACCAGUAGAGCCGCUAAAGGAGGACAAUAGCUGUGAGUUUGGCUCAAUGAAGUACUAUGCUCUUUGUGGAUUCGGUGGUAUUCUCAGCUGUGGCAUCACACACACUGCAGUCGUCCCUCUCGAUCUGGUGAAGUGUCGGAUACAGGUCGACCCUGCCAAGUAUAAAGGCGUAUUCAGUGGUUUUGGUUUGACUGUCAAGGAGGAUGGAUUUAGAGGCCUUGCAAAGGGUUGGGCACCCACAUUUUUCGGAUACUCUAUCCAAGGUUUAGGAAAGUUUGGCUUUUAUGAAGUUUUCAAGACCGUAUAUGGCAACAUGCUUGGUGAGGAGAAAACGUUCUUGUGGCGCACCUCGCUGUACCUCGCCGCCAGCGCUUCUGCCGAGUUCUUUGCCGACAUCGGUUUGGCUCCGUUCGAGGCGACCAAGGUGAGGAUCCAGACACAACCGGGCUUUGCCAACACGAUGAGGGAGGCGAUGCCCAAGAUGUACGCUGACGAGGGAAUUCGCGCGUUCUACAAGGGCCUGCCACCGCUGUGGGCCAGACAGAUUCCAUACACUAUGAUGAAGUUUGCAGCAUUUGAGCGUACAGUUGAGUUCUUGUACAAAUACGUCGUACCGAAGCCAAGGUCAGAAAUGAGCAAACCCGAGCAGCUUGUUGUCACCUUUGCUGGAGGCUACAUUGCUGGAGUAUUUUGUGCACUUGUGUCCCACCCUGCUGAUACUAUUGUGUCAAAGCUCAACCAAUCUAAGGGAAGCACAGCAGUAUCUAUUGCGAAAGAGCUGGGAUGGGCAGGACUGUGGAAGGGAUUGGGUCCCAGAAUCAUCAUGAUCGGAACGCUGACGGCCCUGCAGUGGUUCAUCUAUGACUCGGUAAAGGUUGUCUUCAGACUCCCGCGUCCGCCGCCGCCGGAGAUGCCCGAGAGCUUGAAAGCCAAGCUUGCGAUAGAAAAAUAGGUCAUUGCCGACUCUAGCUGUAUCUCGGGCGUGACGAGGGACAAAGUUAGUUGGCCGUGCGUAUUUACCCAGCAACAUUCAGGUCACAGUACAUGCAGACGGUAAAUGUAAAUUGGUGAGGGUGCCGUAUCUAGAUUGCUUUGAGUGGGCCAUCGUGUGACCAGCAUCCGUCCAUUAUAUCAAAUAUAUUUGAUCAAUAUAUUAAAUUGAUUCAAGUGUAAAUGAUCACAAUGGUUUAACAUCAUGUACUUUUGCUAGCAUGCAAGUUGUUUUUCUACAGAUUUUACAGAAAAGGAGAGGCUAAAAUAUGUACAGUAAUGGAUCGAUAGCAACGUGUUUAAUAUGACCAAUAAUUCUACUACCAUAUCAAUUAAAAUGGCUGUGUUCGAAGCUCUUUUAUAAUUCACAUUUCACAGACGAUCGGAUAUAUUUUCACUCGAAGCUAGAGAAAUGUAUAUAAUUGACGUCAGCAUUCCAGGAUUUAAACCCUAGACCUCCAUUAACUGCUACUGGCAAUACUGUUUUGGGGACAUAGACAGCUGUUUUCAAGUGGCAAAAUGUUAAUAACAUUCCAGGUAUGGUUAGGGUUACUAUACAUCAUUCCGAAAAUGAGUUUUAUUGACCUCACCGUGUCUGAUCUAGAUGGGACCAAUCUUCUCAAAUCUUGCACAGAAGAAUCAUGCACAAGUUUUGUUAUUCCGGUGUUUUUGUUCUAGUAAAUGUAAAUUUUACUACUAUCACUGUUAAAUUUGCUGGUGUGAUUAUCACAGUCAACCCACAAUAAAAUUUGUUAGCUAAUUA